AUGACGACGACGACGCUCGAGUACCAUCCCGAGAACCACCUCUCCGCCUCGCCCGCGCACGGCCUCCCUGGCACGAACUUCCUGUACUCGUCCCCACUCAGCUACGUGUGGUCGUCUGCGAUACUGCUUGCAGACCGUCUCGCGACGGGCGAAGUCGACGUCAAGGGCAAGCGAAUUGUCGAGUUGGGCUGCGGGCUUGCGUUGCCUGGCAUCGUGGCGGCUCAGAUGGGCGCUGAGCAGGUCGUCUUGACCGACUACGACAACCCGACCAUGCUUGCCGACACUUCACAAGCUGUACAACAAGCGCUUUCUCCCCAGCUACAACAACGAGUGCAAGUCGUCGGGCACACAUGGGGCACAAGCGUUGGACCGGUACUCGAAGCCUGCCCUUCGCCCGACCUAAUCCUCGUCGCCGACUGCGUCUGGGAACGUGAACUGCACCGGGCCUUGAUUCAGUCGCUCCUCGCCAUCCUUCGUACGGCACCUUCCUGCGUCGUGCACUUCGCCGCCGGCUUCCACACAGGACGCUCAGCCGUCGCGGCUUUCCUGCGACAUGCGCUUGCGUCUGGCCUUGCGCCUGUUGAUAUGGCGGAGUGGCAGGAGAAAAGCGUGACGGGGCAGACGAAGCGGUGGGAUUGGACGCUGUCCGGAUCAAAAGGCCUCGUCAAGGAGGAGAGGCAGGAGGAGCGGAACCGCUGGACGCUUUACGGUACUCUGGCUCUCCAGCUGGAAUCGAAGCUGUGA